AUGGGCUCUCAAACACAUACAAACAAAUCUAAAAUACUCAGCACAACUACUGACAAAGAUCAUUCGUCUAACAAUCCAUUCAGCAAUCACAGAGUGGAUAUUGAGAGCAUAAUCACAGAAAAUUACUUCGAUCAAAACACUAUUUCAGCAAGCCUUACGCGUGAAGCAGGCCAGUCCAACACUCCAUCUGUAUAUUAUUUCGGUCCACAAAUCAACAAGAUUGUAAUCCCAAAGAUAGAUCCUGGCGUAUCCUGUAUUUAUUUUACUUAUUCUGAUGUGAAUAUACAAAGUGAAGAUGAUCCUGUGUUACACUACAUUCCGUAUACUUCAAGCACUUUACUCUCAGCAGUAAUAGUCAAAGAGUACAAAGGUACUGACUUUGAUAACAAAAGUUGCGAUGGUUAUCAAGAAUCGGCAAGAAUGACCACAAAUAACACUGAAUCUGACACCAAGUCAACGUUGAAUUCUAUUAAGUACAUAAGAAUGCAGUUCUGUGGUGUAUGUCUUAUAUUCGGUUGUAGAUGGCAUGCAAUCAUAGAUGGCAUUUGCAUAAAACCUGUGGGCUUUGAAAAGGAUCCAUACAAUGCAUACAUGGCUGAAAAAGUGUGCCACAGUGAUGUUUGUACAAAAAUGAAUGCUCAUUAUGCAAGGCGUGUGCCAGAGAUGAGCUCUUUGAGUACAUCUGAAAAAAACAGGUUGUUAAUUGUUUACAACCAGUCUAAGGGUGAUGCAUGCAUUACAUCGUUGAUUUUUUGCAUUAAGCAUGGAAAGUAUGUGUGUUGCAGUCAAAUAAACAGUACAUAUAAUUCACAGGUACGUAUAUGGCCUUUAAAGCAUAUUUUUAAGAACAAUGCACGCAAUAACUAUACAAAGAUGGAUAAAAAGGCAUUCUUUACGCCAUGCAGCCACGCAGGAAAGUGUUCCAAGAAUAACGGAUGUACGUGUUUGAUCAAUAAAACAUACUGCGAAAUGUCAUGUUUAUGCGUUGAAUGCAGUAAUUUUUUCACGGGAUGUUCAUGCACUGAUGGAUGUCGAGAUGUAUGUAAAUGUUCAAAUGGAGUGCGAGAGUGCACGCCUAUAUGCCAAUGCACCGGAUGUGACAAUAAAUCAAUACAACUUGGCUUGAAAGCAAAGACUUAUGUUUCUUCAAGCAAAGUUGCUGGAUGCGGGUUGUUUGCAGCAGAAUGCAUUGAAGAGGGAAGUUUUGUUAUUGAAUACACAGGUGAAAUAAUAAGUGAUGCUGAGGCUGAGCGACGAGGUGUGUUCUAUGAUAUCAAAGGAUGUUCUUAUUUGUUUGACCUGUGCAUCAAGAAUAGAAAGUCUCAGUAUGCGAUUGAUUCAAAAUCAAUAGGAAACAACUCCAGGUUCAUCAACCACUCUGUAAAGCAUGCAAAUCUGCGUGCGGUAGCUAUAAAUGUCAAUGGAUCAAGAAGGAUUGGAUUCUAUGCGAUUAAAGACAUAGGAAUCCAUCAGGAACUGUACUUUGAUUAUGGAUACAGCAAUGGCCAGAAGCUUAAACAUGGAAUAAUUGAUUGA